AUGACUGCCCAGCUUCAUGCGCACAUGGCCCCACGCGGCAUUUCUCGACAAAACGAAGGCGGCCACGGGGCGGCCAAGGCCGUGCCGCGUGGGGCCUCGCGUUGGCGAACACGAUGGGCGCGGCGCAGCGGGCGUGGGGGGAAGAGAGGGUGGCGAGAGGACGGAUGGGAAGGGCGCGGUUCCGAAGCCCGUGCAGGCAAGGACGACAACCCCGCUCCUGUGCUUGCCGUAUUGUCUGCCGGAUCGGCGGCGUGCUCGAUCGGGCGGCUGGACGAAACUCUGGCUCGGGCGGCUGGCGCGGCGGCUCGCCCGUCCGUGGUAGCUCCCACGGGGGCGUGCGGGCACGAUCCUGAGGAGGUGGCAGUUGCUCGCCGGGCUGAAACCUCGAAUGCUGGGCCCGCUUGUCUGCACAGUGCCGUCUCUGCUGGCUUCACUGGAGCAUUUGGGCCGAGACGGCAGCCUAUUGGCGCUUGA